AUGAUGGACGAUAUAGAUUUAGGUACUCUAGUUUCGAACGUUAUAGCUGAAAACCGUUACAGCCAUUGCAGGUUAUGCCUAUCACUUAUUCAAGCCCAGUACGUGCGCUUUAGUGAUGCUGUAUCCUUAGAUCCUAAGAAUAGGAUGUUUCAACCGCUUAGUGAUCUUCUUGAAAGACUAUUUGGAGAUAUUUUGUGCGAUGAAGUUCCUGGCAUUGACGCAGUAUGUGAAGAAGCGAUGUCGUCAAUAAUACCGAUAAUUUUGUCCGGAGACAAUUUGGGUGAGCGACAUCGUCAAUUCAACUCAUUGCUGGGAGAGGCAUACCAGCAGCGAGCGUCGCUGGAAAUUAUUCUGCAACUUCCCGAAACUUCGCCCAUUGACAAACUGUUUAAAAUUGACUUUGCAGCAAUACAUCGCAAUGUGGAAUUUAUCGUCGACGUUCUUAAGGACGAGAAUAUGUUGUACGUGAGCAGAGCUUUGAAAUGCACUUGGCUCUUGCAUCCCGAGUACCAGCACAUCAUUAACCCUGACUAUUUGGAAACGCAUCUGUACCCUUAUAUGAUAACUCCGGCGGUAAAUAAAAUUAAACACUGGAUACAAAACAAUUUGAGAGAUGCUAACAGGUGUCAAGAGUUCUAUAGAUAUUAUGGAUCUGAUUAUGACAUGAAAAUUAAAUUCCUUCGGCACUGUACAACCGAAUUCAUAACUUUCGAGUUUUUAAAAAUUAUAGACAAGGUAACACCGAAGCAACUGAAGAUACUCUGCGAGUGUUGCCCGAAAGUUCUCAAGCUAUAUUACGACAAUUUCAUCAGCAAUCCGACAGCAUUGGAUCGGUACUUACAAAAUGAACGUCAAUACAUGGACUGCUGCAAAUACGUAUUGAAGGUGGAGCCUGACAUCUACUUCGACGUGGUCGAAAGGUAUCAUGAUCAUAACACGCUAAAAUCUCUCUCCCCGGUUGUCACAGAUUACGUAAUGAGUAAGCACAGAGGGCGGUUCCUAAACAAGCCCGAGCUUUACGCCGUAUGGCUGCUACACAAGGAGACUGUAGCUAAACACCUUAACGACGAAGAGGCCAAGGACAUCGUGCUGCGUUUAGCGCGGGCGGAAUACUUGGGAAACUGGUUCUCAUACAAGAACGUAGAGCCCUUCAUCAAAAGGCUAAAGCCCGAGGAACGGGCCGCGUUCAAGAAGCGAGUGUUCGUAGAAAAAGCGAUCGGCGAUACUGUCAAAGACUGGCCGUAUCCGACACCUGCUCGGCCGAAAGUUGAAAAAUCUGACUCCGUUUUCGACGACAUGUCGCACCGGCAACUGUUUUUCUAUGAGCAAGCAAGAUUCAAGCGUUGUAUUAAAAAGAGAAAGAUGGGUAACUAUUGCCUGGAAGACGUGCUGGCGUGUCCGAUUCAGUGUCGCAAAACGGUCCUCAACGAACUAUUUGACCGGUACCGCUUCCACGGCUUCGAUCGCACGUUGUUCGAGCUGCAGAAACUCCUGAGGGCGGAGAGCUCCGUGAAGAACAGGGAGUUCAUGAUGCUCGUUUUGGUGAGCAAGUGUGGCGAGAACAUGGAGCAAGUGGACAAGCUGCUGCGGCUGUUGGCCGAACGCUACUGCAACGAAUCGGGCAACUUGAGAGCGACCAUUGUACGAAGCCUUGUGGUGCGCGCGUGCGUUUGGCGUUUACCUCCGAGCGCUUGGAGUCUUUUGCUCGACUUCGCCCGAGGGCUGGGGCUGGAUGGCAACCCGCCGAUGACAUGCCGCGAGGGAAUGCACGCCGUCGUGUUGCGGCUCUUACUCGCUGGCGAGGAGUGCCCGCAACCCCUACGAGCCGCUUUCUUAGAUGACUUCUGCAAUUUCACCGAGUACAAGUUAAGCGCGUCUGAAAAGCGAACAGUCCGCGAACGGCUGCCCGCGCUGCUCUUGACGGCCGCUCUGGCCGAACCGGAUUCGGCCAUCGACCGCCUCCAACUGCUGUUGGACACGCUAUCGGGACUAAAAGUCCGAGUUACGGACUGUCCGGGCGCGCUUGAAGCGCUGAUAGAGGCGGUGCGACGCGACCCCGCAUCAGCUGAGAGCCUCCUUAUUCGUAUCUACAACCAAGGCGUCGCCCGACGCGAGCUGUUGAAGGAGAACUUUGAGCUGUUCAAAACGAACGAGUCAUACCUGAACGUGUUACGUCACGACGCGACGAUUCUGAGAACGACGAAAACAUUCGAGGAGUCGCUGAAGAGUCACACGUUCAACUACGACGGCUUUUUGCGAAAGCUGUCUCUGUAUUUCGGAGAGACGGGAGGGUUGGCCUCUCUGCACAUUGAGGUGAUAAAACGUGUCGCUGAGGAGCAGCCCCAUGUGAGUCUUGCCCGACCGCUUGGCUUGCUAUCGACUGACCUAGCUCCUAUUAUUGACGAUUGCAUGAAGGAAUCAAAGGGCAGCCCCAAAAAGCAGUUUGGGACUGCGCUGCAAUCCAACUACAAUCUUAGAAAACUGGCUGACGUAGACGGAAUAGAUUGGCACUCGAAUAGCGCGAAGGCUAUCGUAAACAGAGUCAUCAUCUGCAGAGCUGUUGACGUCGAUAAAUAUAUACAAAAGGCGCUGAAGUGCCGUCGCACUUUAAAGCUUGCUCUUCUCCUCGCAGAGCGCGGUGGGGAUCUGCCUGAGGUUUAUGAGGCAGUCAGGAUUAUACGUCCCGGCGCUGCACUUCGCUCGGUGAUUUCCUAUUUCAAACGGAACCAGCAUGGCGCGGUGCAAAUCGAUGUGUGGCGCAAAGUAGCACCUGUUUUGGAGGGCAUAGACCUCUCGCUGCAACAACAUCGUCAGCUGUCGAAGACACUUCAAAAGGGCGACUUCGUCCCUACUAGCAUCAAAGCCGAGUACUACACCGACGUCUACAAAGCCUUGCAAAGAGCGUCCAAAGAAAAAGCAAUUCCAAUCAUCUCCAUGUUUGAAAACCUUUUACCCGUUAUGGAUACACAAGUCAUUAGAAAAGUCAUCGAACAGUUCCUAGAAGAAUUCACUUUGGAAGCAAUAUUGGAUUCAUAUCAUGAGUCGUACAAUUCUCUCCGAACUCGCAUCGUCGCCAAGUAUUUGUUGCUAAGCAAGAGCGAGGAACAGCAGAAAGAGAGGCUCGACGGUGUCUGGCAGCCGUUCUACGAGCGUUUGGCAGCCAUUUUUAAAGAGGACGGCGACUCCGCGACGCCGUACCUGGAGCGGUUUGUGGAAGCUUUGAAAUACAACAGGGCUUUCUUCGACAGCUCUCUGGUGUCCUGUGCGCCUGUGUUCGAGAGGGUUGUUGCGGAUCUGCGCAAGCUGCUGCCGGUGGAGCGUUUCAUCGAUAUCUAUGUCGCAAUCCACGCGACAAUGUUGUACCGCAACUCAAUCGAGCGAGUCCUCAGACUGCACCCGCAGGUGUUCAAAGACGCGGGGGCAAAACGAACCGUGGGGGCCAAGGCGGUAGGCCGUCUGUUCGGCAAGUUAGUGGGCCACGAGGUAAGGGAACUGGCCGCGAAGUUCUUCAAGACCAUCAUUGAGCCGUACCAGCGGAACCUCACUACGUUUAUGCAGGAGAAUUUCGGCGGAGACAACGGUAAUGAAUUCACGAACGCUUUCGUAGGGGGCUUGAUAGACGUUGGCAGCACCGAGGCGCUGCGCGUUGCAGAGUUCAUGCUGCACAAGGAGCGGCACAAGAUCGACAGAGAUCCAGAAAAGACGGCGCUCUUGAAGAGACUGGAAGAGUCGAAUGACGAGGAGCUCAAGUUCUUUUUAUACGCCGAUUUCCACUCGGGCUGCUUGACGGAAGCCGGC